AUGAAGGUUAUUAGAGACAAAGAUAUUCAAUCGUUCCUCAACAAGGAAUUGACCAAAGAGUCCAUUCUUAAUCAGUUUCAACCGAUAUUGUUGCGUGGCUUAUCUACCUAUGCAUCAAACCCCAAUGAAAUAGUUCCACCAAGAAUUGUACAACAAUCAAAUAAUCUCGAGUCCGACACAACUCACGUGUUCAUGCCAUGCAUAUCACCUAAUGAAGUAGGUAUAAAGGUUAUCAGUGGUGGACUGUCAAACAAUAGCAAAGGCUUGGGAUUUCAAGGAUGUGUUAUGAUUUUGGACGAGACGACUGGCAAGUUGAACGCAAUCAUCAAUGCGGCCUGUUUGACGGCUUUUAGAACAGCAUUGGCCAGUGUUUUGGGACUCACUAGAGUUGUAACAGUUGAAUCUGUAGACAUUUUGCCAGAAUUGUGUGUCUUUGGGGUGGGACAACAAGCAUACUGGCACGUCAAAUUAGCAUUGCUUCUAUAUGAGGGUAAGGUACACAGUGUAAACAUUUUGAAUAGAACGUUGGCAAAUGCAGAAAAGUUGAAAAAAGACUUAGCCAAAGAGUUUAGCAAUGUCAAGUUUAGAGCAUUCCUGUUUGAAGAAGAGCAAAAAUUCAAGCUGCAUAUUGAAAAUAGUUCCAUCAUAUUCGGAUGCACUCCAUCGACAUCAGCUGUGAUUAAAAAAGGCCAUUUGAACAAGGACCCAAAGUACGGAAAGUUUAUCUCGCUAAUUGGAUCGUACAAACCCCACAUGAUUGAAUUGGAUUUGGAGUUGAUGAACAAUCUCAAAGAAAAUGGUGUCAAGAUUAUUGUUGAUUCGAAAGAACAUACCUUGCAUGAAGCAGGAGAAUUGAUUCAAUCAGGUUAUACAAGCAACCAAUUGACCGAGAUUCAUGAAUUGUACGAGAAGGAGGAUUUCAGUUCAGCUACUGAUUCUGUGACAGGUAUAACAGUGCAGAAAAUUGUUGGAUUGUCAAUCAUGGACUUGUGUAUGGGGAAGUAUAUAUAUGAAAAAAUCGGAGAUGAUGCAAUAAUUGUAAAUGACUUUUAG